AUGAGGGCAUCCGGUGUCGGCGUCGUAGUACUGUCAUGUUCAGAUCCAAGAUUGAAUCCGUACCAGAUUUUGGGUAUUGAUCCUACCUUAAAAGCAACUAUGGUUCGAAAUGCUGGCGGCCGCGUUUUUGAUGCGAUCAGGACCUUGUCUGUUUCGCAGACCAUCGGCACCCCAGGCACGAUUGUGGUUAUGCAUCAUACUGAUUGCGGCAUGACGCAUUACCAUGACCCAGCUAUCAAGAAAGCCUUAAUCGAAAUCGCGCCUGAAGAGCAUGAGUCCAUCGAAGCUUCCCAGUUCGGAGAAAUCAUCACCUCUGUUAGAGCUGAUGUAGCGAUUCUGAAGGCGUCGCCGUUGAUUAAGAAGGAUACCCAGAUUGUUGGGCUGAAGUACGAAAUUAAUACAGGCGUGCUUAUGGUUGUUGAUGGGGAGAUUAAGAGUGAGCUGUAG